ACAUACUCGUACGAUUUUUAUGUUUUACAGAAAGAAAUCGAUUAAAACGCUCGGUGUGCGAAUUUAAGCGACGGUCGUUGUACGUAUACUAACAGAGGAAAGAAAUGAUAACGUCGUUGGCAGCGGUAGGGACGAUCGAUUUGUCGAGGUAUUGCGCGUUUGCUUGCACCAAGGUUACAUCGUUGUCGAAUGUCUUCGAUUCAUGAACGGGAAGGUUAACAGUUUAGCAAUAAAAUCGUAGUAAAUUCGGUCCGACGAUGCGUAACUGUUUGAAAAGUUUACAGUGACGCAAGUGACGAGGAAAAGCCAGUGGAAAAGAAGCGUACGAUCGAUUUCUUAUACGCUCGCGAGUACGUAGUUUCGAGUUUGUAGUUUAUACCGCUGUAAAGUGCUUUUGUUUGGGCAAUUUCUGUAAACGAGAAUCAAGUAAUGUUUCGAGCACGCUAUUAAUUUGUUUAAAAUUUGAAACUAGUAUGGCGCUACCGGAAACGGGAUUUGUAAUUGCUCCUCAAAUACCUCGAGGCUUGGCUCCUGCCGUCGAAGGACUCGCAAGGGAAAUAUUGCGACACCAACCCCACGAUAUUUAUACAUUCGCGGCCCAUCAUUUCGAACAGCUGGUGAAAUUACGAGAAAAGGAGCGUGUCGUAGGCGUUUCGAAAAUAUCCGAUCGCGUAUCGUACAACGGUAAAAAUUGUAUCUGGACCGGUCGUGGCAACGUCGAUCCACGUGAUUCCGAAUAUCGUAGCGAUCGGAGACUCAUAAAUUUUAUCGAAGAAACGGCAGCAAAGGAGCUGAGAAGACCGACGAAACUAUCGAAAAGAAGAAAGGAGGCGACGAAUAGAAGCGGCUGGUCUAUAAAUGAAACCGUCAAGGUAAUCAAAAGGCACGACCACGAGAACAAUGCCAAAAAGAAGAAACAUGGGAACACGCGAAUGUAUGAGAAAACGAACGAGAAAGAGAUUCACAGCCAUCCCGAACAAUGUUCGCCGCGUUCUACGAAGAAACUCGCACGGUGUCGAUUUCUCCGGUCUUCGUCCGCCGGGGAUAUACUCGCGAAAUCUGUUAACCGUCAGCAUAAAGGGAGACGGGAAAAGUUCUGCGACUGUAUCGCUGAUGCGGCGAAUACGUCUAAAACGGAAAUCGAGUACGUGGCUGAUUGUAAAAAGUUGAAACGACAGAAGAGCGCCGAUCAGAUCGAGUGGAUAUGCUCGUCCGGGGAUUCGAGACGAAGUCAAUCUCUCGUGAAUGUUGGAUCGAGAAGAAAUGGAUCGGACGCGGAGAGAGGAACGCGACGAAAUCGAUUGGAUCGGUUGGAGAAGCUCGAGAGCGCUGUAGUUCGAAACGCAGGAGUCGUCGUCGAGAGGGAAGCGAGAAAUAGCGAGAUGGAGGAAAUGUUUGGCGCCGAUCGAAAAGUCUCCGAAGACGAGUCGUCGGCAAGACGGGAGUCUACGUUGGAGACGUCCGUCGUUCUUCCGUCGGUCGUGCCGAGGCAAAGUUCCAGCAGAUAUUCGAGAAAUGGCUCGCGAAACGACGCGUACGAAUCAAUCGAGCAAAACGAUCCGAACAAUUUCGUUUUGCCGCCCAUUUCGAGCGACGCGACGAAACCGAUCAAGAGAGAAAAUAACUUGACGUUACCGGCUCUGGCGACGGCCACGGAGAUUCAACGUGACUCGAACAUCGAGAACGAGAAGCCUUUGGAGAUUUCUGAUCGUAAUUCGGCGGAGAACGAGCACGGGGAUGGAAAGGACGGUGGUAGCAUCGAAACGGAGACCAGCGACAGGGACAUCUUGGAAGAAUUGGAAAUUACGCGACGCUCGGAUUCACGGGGGCUGGAAGUCGAUGAAAUUUUUAAAGAUAGCUUGAACGUCACGCCAGAUUCGAUCGAACUUCCCCAGAGGCCGGAUUCGUUGGAGCACGCGGAGGACGAGGAAUUCCCUGAAUCGAACGAGCUUAAGAAGAAGUUAAUCGAGAUAGAAAUGGUUGAGAGGAGUAUCGAGAAUACUCUGGUUUCCUCCGUAACGGUGUCGUCCCCGAUGAAACAUUCGUCGCGUUCAGGAUCGGAAGAAACGCAUAACGACGCGAUGAACGAAGCGAGGGAAGACUCUGUCGAAGAGCAGCGGCUGGUGGAAACACCAGGAAACGACAACGAAGGCAUCGAAGCUGAAACGAGCGAAGAAAAGUCGGAUGCCGCGGAAACUUUGUCCUCGAAAGACGGGGACGUCGAUCGAUCGGAAGUUGGAGGAACAUCCGGCAAUCCCUCGAAAGACAUAGAUCUUACGUGUUACGUUCUCACGGAAGGUUCUCCCUGCGAGAUACCAGAAUCGGUAACAACCGUGAUCAUCUCGGAUAAAACGCUUCGGGACGAUGAUACGGUUCACGAGCAAGAUCACGAAACGCGUCGAGAAGAAUCUGAUCACGACGCGAAUCCUUUCGGAGAGUACAUAUGCCCGGAAACGUACGAGUACUCGAGAGGCAUGGAUGCGUACAACGUCGAGUUUUUACGGGACAUAAAAGCUGCUGACGAUAAAAUGGCCGUCGGUCACGAUCUUGGAAACAUCAAAGAGGAAGAGGAAAGCGAGAAAGAGGCAUUGGAUAAAUUUAAUACACGAUCCACGAUGUUAUCCAGCGACAUUGUUGCCGUAGAAUCCGACUCGUUGGGAGAAACGUUAGAGGCGGGCGGGAAUAAAAACGAAGUGGAAUCGAUUACCGAGGCAAGCUCGAGCAAUUUGGAUCGAAGCAGCACCGACGUUGAAAGCACGUCGCCUCGAGUCACGUGUACGACGGACGUACAUUCGGGAACGUUCGAAGGGAAUUCCCCGAGAGUCGAAGAUGCGGGGGGACAGAACGAACAACGAGAAACGUCUUCUUCGAUCGAUGUACCCGGACCGUACGUGCCCGAACUGAACUUGGAUUCUCUUCGAGACGCAACGAUAUCCUCGAUCGAAGAUAGAAGCGAUUCGAGGAAUGUUGAAAAUCAAUCGGAGAAGGAAACCGACGACGACAUUACUCUUCGCGAAGGCGAGAAAACUUUGUCCAUGUCGGAUACUCCGGACUCGGGGAAGAAGGCAGCGUCCGACGAGGACUCGUCCAAGAGCAAACUUUCCACCGAUCACGAAGUCAGGGUCGAGGAGAAUGGCACAGAAGACUGUCUUAUCGAGCUCGAAGACAAGUGCAUAGGUACGGUUAGCGAGAACAAUGGAAAAGAUACGCCUAACGUCGAAGAGGAGAUCGCAAAGGAAUUGAUAGAGAUCUUGACUCUCGAAACGCCGAUCCCUCAAGAAGAAGUCAAGACUGAGAAUAAUGCUCUUGACUCGAUCAACGACUCGUCGCGCUCGAAUUGCACGAAUCGACCGACAGACGAUAGCAAUCUUGCGAUCGAACUUGAUCCUUGCGUCGAUGAAACAGGAUCUAUCGAUCGCCCUUCGACCGGAACAAGUUCUCGAGAAAAGACAAACGGCGAUGUUUGUGAAAAAUAUGAAGAAGAAGGAGGAAUCGAUACCAAAGAUGUCGAUGAAAUCGUACAUGUUUCUGUUUCUCCUUCGGUGUCCCUCGAGACAGCCGAGGAUGUAGCAACCGAUCGGGUCGAUAGUCUUGCAGAAGAUCAAGAUCCCGAAGUUCCGACUGUUUCAGAUUUAGAAAGCAAGUCAUUGGAUGCGGCUGCUAGAAGAAUUCAAUACUGGGCGCGAAGAUUUCUAGUUGGCAAGCGUCGACCACGAGACAUCGAUAGGCAACAAAGUCAACAAGAUUCCACGAGCCCCGCGGAAGAUCCAACUGCAACGUUGUCUUCGACUCGAGAGUACAGCGAAAAACAAAUCGAGGAGUUGGCUGUUUCGGACGAUCGAGGGAAAUCCGAAGAUAACGAAAUACCCGAGACUCCCGAAAAGGCAGAGAACGAGGAAUGGUUGAUAACUGAAAAGAAGGAAUCGGAAACGCAACAAACAGACACGAUAAGUACAUCGAGCAAUUUAAGGCAUACCGGGGAAUUUCAUGAUUCUUUACCGUUACCUCUUUUCGAAGUCUCCAAGGGCCAACUGUCGACCAAAGACAUGCGCAUGAACAACAUGCGCGAAACCAGAAACCCUUGGUUCACCCUCGAGCCCGGUGCAUCGUGUUUCGAUUCCGAAUCGCCACGAGCGGGCGUUUUCUUCGCCUUCGAUUUUUCGAAUGCCUUUCGACCGGUCGAAACUAAGCCAGACGAUUCUAAAUAUUACUUGAAUUUUCCACCCUGUAUCGUACGUGUCGAGCGGUCCUUCGACGAUGCAACGAUAAAACCUGUCGAUUCCGACGAUAUUCGUGAACCAUUGGCGCUCGACGAACCACCAAAGUCCCUUUUUAUAGAAGAGAUUUUGGACAUCGACGAAGAGAAGCAACGCGCGUCGACGGAUUCAUGUAAGACGGUGAUCGAUUUCCCUAGUGGUGACGAUGAAACGGUACACAUCGACAAAAACACUAAUCCGUGCGAGAAUUUGUCUCCCGACUCUUCUGCGAUCGAGAGCGACAAAAGUCUAAAGGAUGAGACGAACAAGAAGAUGGAAAAUGUCGAGGAAACCCAGUCUCCGAGCACGCAGAACUAAGUCUUUCGACACCUUUGAUAGAAACAGUGUUGAAACAUAUUGUUUUAGGCAAAACGAGCUUUUUUUAUUCUAUAGAUACGAAAGCGUAAAUAAUCUUAUACGUAUAGUACUGUUCGUUUAAAUGGCCUCGUAUCUUUUAAAUAUAUUAUUUUUCAGGGCUUCUUGAUUUCCGUUUCGUUCAGGCUUGACCGAGACUAUUCGAGCGAACAGUAUGCUCCUCGAUUGAAAAGUGCAACGCGUGGGUGGAAUAACCGAUCGGCCGACGGAGUUGAACGAAUCGACACGAUCGUUCCUUAGAAUCUAGAUACGAAAUUAGACACGUUAUUUCUGCACAUUCUUACACACUCGUUACGAAAACGUAGCUACGAAAAUGUCAAGAACGGCUCGCCAAGGCGAAUAACGCGGUGCCGUUCAGCCGCGAGGAAGGAAAAGAAACUCGAAAAAGCCACACUGCGACGCGGUUGUAUCGCGGAAGAAAAG